UUUCUAGUCUUUCGACCACUCAAUGCCACACACAUUCGUACACUGAUGGCGGUGUCUGCAAUGAAAUGUGCCAACUGCUCAACAGAACGGAAACUUAUCAUUCAUACGCACUCAUACACCGAUGCUCAUACACAGCAUCAGGAGCAAUUUGGGGUUCAGUGUCUUGUUCAAGGACACUUUAACAUGUAGCGAGAGGAGCCGGGGUUUAAAUCGCCAACCUUCCGAUUAGUGGCCGACCCACUCUACAUCUGAGCCACAGCCGCCCCAAUGUAUGCAUGUACAAUAGACUGCAACAUGCUGAAACAGGAGGAUUACUUGAUUGGCUGGUUUGAAUUCCCAGCUUGUGCGUUGAUGUAGUCAGACAAGAUAUUAAUAACAGUGUGGAGAGAGACCAGAGGCUGUUCGGAACUGAGGUUCCUUUCAAGUGAAGCAUGACGGGUAAUGUUUCUCAAAUAACAAUAUUUUUUCUUUCUGGUUUAAAUGAAACGAAGAGCCACAGGUUUACUCUCUUCUCUCUCACUUUACUGUAUUAUUGUAUGAUUUUGCUGGUAAAUCUUUCUCUUAUUGUGACCAUCAUCUUGGACAAACACCUGCAUGAACCGAUGUAUAUUCUAUUGUGCACUUUUUGUAUGAAUGGACUUUAUGGAACAACAGGUUUCUACCCCAAGUUUCUCUGGGAUCUGCUCUCUCCUGUUCAUGCUAUCUCUUAUUCUGCAUGCCUUGUUCAGGCUCUAGUAAUAUACUCAUUUGCCCUCGGUGAUCUGUCUAUCCUUUCAGUCAUGGCAUAUGACAGAUAUGUGGCUAUAUGUCGACCUCUGGAGUAUCACUCUAUCAUGUCAAAGCAAAGACUCAUUAAGUUAGCGUGUUUCUCUUGGUUAACACCUUUCUGCAUUAUGGCCACAAAUAUUUUUCUCGCAUCUAGGUUAAAGUUAUGCAGCCCACAUAUUGCGAGACUUUUCUGUAUGAACUGGAUUAUUGUUAAACUUGCUUGUUUUCCAGCUGAGACUAUUAUUAACAACAUAGUUGCAUACAUUACAAUAAUCGUAUAUGUAUUUCAUGGUGUUUUUAUAGUUUGGUCCUACAUGUAUCUCAUUAAAAUGUGUAUGAAUUCUAUAGAAAACAGGGCAAAGUUUAUGCAAACAUGUGUGCCACAUUUAACCUCCUUACUCGUUUUUCUUGUCACUAUACUUUUUGAUGUGAUGAAUACGCGAUUUGGAUCAAAAAAUUUCACUCAAACCUUUCAAAACUUUAUUGCAAUAGAAUUUCUCAUCAUACCUCCUCUUAUGAAUCCUCUCAUUUAUGGUUUCAAAUUGACCAAAAUUCGGAACAGAAUUCUGGGUGUUAUUACUUUCAAAAUUAAAUGAUUUUUCUCUUAAGUGGUAGGGUAAGUCUAAUAUUCCUUCAAAAAUGCCCUUAAUUUAAAUAUCUAUUGCACAACAUCAAAGCUUUCCUUAGUCUGCCUUGAGAAAAAUCUGAGAGAAAGCUAAUUUUGGUUUUCUUUUGAAUUGUUAUUCUUUGUCCAUCAGGCUAAAAAUGCUAAAUCAAAUGCUUAAUUUAGUAGUAGUAGUAGUAGUAGUAGUAGUAAUACUUAUGAACUGUUGUACUUUAAACAUGAACUUUGCAGAAGGCAUAUCUUUGCAUUUUUACAAUUUUGUCUUCGAUGGUGGAGGAACUCCAAUAUUCCUUAGAAAAACAAUCACAUUAAAUAUUGCCCUUUUCAUUAAUAUGUCUUUGGAAAAGUUGAACAGAAAGAUUCUUUAUUCUUCUCCAUAUUUUAUGCUAAAACAAAUGCCAUAUUUUUUGUAUUGUAUUUGAACUCUUGUACUUUGAAAUAUGAACUUUGAAGAUUGCAUAUUUUUUGCAUUUUGCAAAAACAGCUUUUUUUUUAACCUAAUGGUCACACCAAUGGUCAUUUUUAAUUAUUUGUCUACAUAACCCAGUUGUUUGCAUUAAAUAUCUUUUGCACCUUUCUUUGAAUUAAUGUUGGAUGGUCAGUCUUAUUGCAUUUAAGAAAUUAAAAUGAAAGUGAAUGUAAAUAAAAAACCUGACAUUUCU